AUGGUACCUAUAUAUAUAGGAACAGAUUAUACACCAGAAGAUUGGUUUGAGAUUCGUGCUGGUUCUGCAACAUGGGUCCGUUUUAGAGAUCAGAAAAGUGAUGAAGAAGUUAUGGAAAUUCUUUUAGGAUUAAUUAAUGUACGAGAUAAAGUUAAACAAAAUGAUAAAAAACGUAUUGUUUCGCAUGAAUCUAACUUUCAAAAGAAAUCAGAAAUUGAGGCAAAUUCAAUUAACAAUACUCAAACGAUUGAAAUAUCAUUACCUGUGAAUUCCAAUCCAAUUGCAAAAACGCCCAAAAUACAAUUGGAAUCAAAUUCUAGCAUCUCCAACAUUAUAUCUACUUCUCUAAUUGAAGAAUGGACUUCUGAAGAAGUACAGCGAUGGCUUCGUUUGCCACCAUCUAUCCUUCAACUAUCAUCUGGUCGAGCUUUAUUAACCUAUAUGAAGUUACUGUCACAUGAUGAUGCACAAUAUGAUGAAUACGAACAGCGAAUGCGUGAUCAUGGCAUAAGUCGAGAGCAAUUUUCUAAUUUAAUAUCAUCAUUUAAAUCUAUUCUUGCAUUAAAUUCUAAGAAAACAUCAUCAACUGAUCAAUGGACACGUGAAGAAAUAAAAUGUUGGUUUCAACAAAAUCAUUUAUCUGAUCAUUUAAUUAAUACAUUAGGUUUUAUUAAUGGAUCUCAACUUAUUCUGUAUGGAAAAUUAAUUCUUGAUUCAACAGUACGUAUUAAUGAAGAAUACGAUCGAUUGAGAAAUAAAAUUGGACAAGACCUUUUUCAUCUUGAUGACUAUGUUCGUUUUUUGGAUUGUUUGAAAACACUUGUCAGUGAAUCACAACCAAAACAAGAACAAGCUUCAUGCAACAUACUGUAG